UUAUAUAUAGUUGAUGAGAGUACUCUGAAGUCAGUGUGUAUGUGAGAGAAAGAAAACAAGACAAGUUUGAAACGCUGUUUCAGUGUUUUUUUCUUUCUUUGUUGCCUGCUUUUGCGGCUUCUCGCCGCACCGUCUGGUUCUGCCAUUUUCUCUCUGACAAUAAUACACAAAUCGGUGGGAUUGCAUUAAAGUGUUGAUCCAUAAAUCAGGUUUUAAUAAUGAUGAGACAGAAACAAGGAGAGGAAGCAAUAGUGAGCAACAUGAGCGAAGUAGAGAAUGAAGAACAGAAUAAUGAUCAACAAGAAAACCAGUCCAUGUUCAGUGUUAAGAGCUUCCUUUGGCAUGGUGGCUCUGUUUGGGAUGCAUGGUUCAGCUGUGCCUCUAACCAGGUGGCUCAAGUGCUGUUGACACUGCCAUAUUCAUUCUCGCAAUUGGGGAUGGUAUCAGGAAUAGUGCUUCAGGUGUUCUACGGCAUCAUGGGAAGUUGGACUGCAUAUCUCAUUAGUGUCCUUUAUGUCGAAUAUCGCUCCAGAAAGGAAAAGGAAAACGUUAAUUUCAAGAACCAUGUCAUUCAGUGGUUCGAGGUUCUUGAUGGGUUGCUAGGCAAAUAUUGGAAAGCAUUGGGGUUAGCCUUCAAUUGUACUUUCCUCCUCUUUGGAUCAGUGAUACAGCUUAUAGCAUGUGCAAGUAACAUAUACUACAUAAAUGACAAAUUGGACAAGAGGACUUGGACUUACAUAUUUGGAGCUUGUUGUGCUACCACUGUCUUCAUUCCUUCUUUCCAUAAUUACCGUAUUUGGUCCUUUCUUGGACUUGGAAUGACCACUUACACUGCUUGGUAUUUAGCUAUUGCUGCUCUUGUUCAUGGCCAGGUAGAAAAUGUGACACAUUCAGGUCCAACGAAGCUAGUACUAUACUUCACCGGAGCCACCAACAUACUCUACACCUUUGGUGGACAUGCAGUUACUGUAGAGAUUAUGCAUGCGAUGUGGAAGCCACAGAAGUUCAAGUACAUAUACUUGUUGGCUACAUUGUAUGUUUUCACAUUAACGAUUCCUUCAGCUGCUGCUGUUUAUUGGGCUUUUGGUGAUGAGCUUCUUAACCAUUCCAAUGCUUUCUCUCUUCUCCCAAAGAAUGCUUUUCGUGAUUCAGCUGUUAUUCUCAUGCUUAUUCACCAGUUCAUAACAUUUGGAUUUGCAUGUACUCCAUUGUACUUUGUGUGGGAGAAAGUAAUUGGGAUGCAUCACACAAAGAGCAUUUGUAUGAGAGCACUAGCAAGGUUACCGGUGGUGAUACCAAUAUGGUUCUUAGCCAUAAUAUUCCCUUUCUUUGGUCCCAUCAACUCUGCUGUUGGUGCUCUUCUUGUUAGCUUCACUGUCUACAUUAUCCCUUCCUUGGCUCAUAUGCUCACUUAUAGAAAAUCCUCUGCAAGACAGAAUGCUGCAGAGAAGCCUCCUUUCUUCAUGCCAAGCUGGACAGCAAUGUAUGUGAUCAAUGCAUUUGUUGUGGUGUGGGUUUUGGUGGUUGGGUUUGGAUUCGGAGGAUGGGCCAGCAUGACCAAUUUCAUCAAGCAAAUUGACACCUUUGGGCUUUUCGCAAAGUGCUAUCAGUGCAAGCCCCCGGUGGUCGCCGCCGCACCUCCGCCUCAUUCUCAUCCUCCUAGUCUUCAUCAUUGAGUACAACUUACCUAUACAUAGUAGACUUCAAAAAGAAACUACUACCCUUUUUUUUUCUUUUUCCUUAGUCUUAAUAUUUUAUAGGUUAAAAUUUAUAUAAAGUUGUUUUAACGUGAAGUUAUUAAUUAAGAAUUGUUAGAUGAUAAUUUAGUCAAAUCUCUUAAAUCACCUAAAAAUUUUUAAUUAUUAACUUCACAUAAAGAUAACUGUACGUGAGUUUUACUUAUUUUGUAUCAUACAUGGAGGGAUAUAGUAGUAAUGCUCCCCCUUCUUUUGAUGUGUGCUGAAUGUGUUUUGCUAUAUAGUUUUUUUCCCCUCUCCUUUUAAGAUUAGUUGAUUAAAAGUAGUGUUUCCAAUGGCUAUUAUGAUUUCUAAAAUGAAUAGGAAAAUUAACUAAAUUAAAUUA